UGUUACCUGCCCAUUUCUGCAUGGCUGAGCAAAUUCACCCGUAAAUCCAACUUUCUCUUCAUUUCCAUCACUAUACGUCUCCAAAUUACAGAGCAUUCGUUCCUGAGCUGGAGAGGUGCCAGAAGUUUCUCAUCUAGCUGUCUGUGGGCUGCCUUUUUCUUUCCCCUCUUUGAGGCUUUCUGAUGCUUAGAGUGAGCUCAACUCAAAGGUUUCCAGCCUCACACUCGCCUUACAUUCCCCCACAGUCACACCAAGCUCUGUGAUUCUGAGGAAAACCGUGUACCAGCAUCCGAUUCACAGUCUCCUUUUACCUGCAGGUGUUCCAGAAACUUCAAAAUGCGUCUGGAAGAAAUGAAAAGAUUGCAGAAUCCUUUAGAACAAGUUAAUGAUGGAAAAUAUUUACUUGAAAAUCACCAGAUGGCCAUGGAUAUGGAGAAUAAUAUUGAAAAAUAUCACCUCAAUCUACAGCCCCUGGAAUCAAAGGUGAAAAUCAUUCAGAGAGCCUGGCGUGAGUACCUGCAGAGGCAGGACCCCCUGGAGAAGAGGAGCCCAUCCCCACCCUCUGUGUCCUCGGAGAAGCUGAGCAGCUCUGUCAGCAUGAACACCUUCUCAGACAGCAGCACACCAAUGAUGAAAAUGAGACCUAAAGAGAUAACUAACUUGCCUUGAGUUACUCAUUGAGCUGGAGCCAUCAUGCUGCA